AUGUUGGCUCCCCGAAGCUACCUCUUCACUUCACAACAUCCCAAGGAGACAAAACAUGGGCGUGCGAGAGCUCCCAAGAGAAAGAACUCCCUCCCCAAACCUCAAAUCACGGCCACCAUGACUCCAACAAAGACCACGACCUCGUUGGUCACGGAUUCCGACCCAAGGCCAACAACACCCUCUUCACCUGUGGUGAUUCCCCUGCGAGGUCACCACGACGAUUCACACUACAGUCAAAGACUGAAGCCUAGAAAAGAACGGCAGCAUGGGCGGAGGUACCGCACUGUGCACUCCCCGGACGCCCUGUCCCCGUCCGUUGCAGCCCUUCUCGCCAUCACUCAAAUUCCUGCCCAAAGAAUGGCUGGCUCGACUCGAACACGAUCAACGGGGCAGAGAUUGACCGUCGAUGCCAUUUUAAAACACACGGGGGUUACGGAGAAGGAGUAUAGUUUGUCUCUGACAAGGAGUCCGUUGGACUUCUUGCUCUGCCCGCCAGAGGAAUUAUUAGAGGACGAUUUGGCGGGAAGUGAGACAGGCCAGGAGUCUGUAAUGUCGGGACGAACGCUGUCAAGCGAAUCUAUGCCAUCGCUGGCUGAUGAUAGCAUAAGUGAAGCUUCACCAUCCCUAAACUCCUUGGUUACACCAGGCUCUCGCGGUCGAAAGUCACUUCCUUCAAGAAGAAUACGACUGCUUAGUACUGAUAGCACAAUCGCCGACCACCCUUUAUCAUCACCAUCAUCACCAGAGUUCCAAAUCGAAGAACUAGAUUUUCGGGUUUUCCAAAAGGAUCAAGAUCAAAGAAGCUUGAAAUCAAUGUCUACAGAGGCCCCGGAGCCAAGUCGGAAAUCAGCUUUCAAAUCAAACUUGACUGCUUCCUUGCGUGCACUGCGAUCGGCUGCAAAGUCAUUUUCAUCACUAAGAACACCCAUGCUCACACCGGACGAUUUUCUCACGAGAUCAAUAAUUUCUAUAGAUCCAUCGGUUCCCUUUACGGAUGAACGAAUGCCCCCGCGGCUAGAAGACACUCCAACCCCUGCACUGCGACGAUAUCUCAACCCUACGACAAAUGCGCCUAUUGAAGCUCAUGUACCUCCAUCUCUCUCACAGAUCAUGCCAGCUACAAAAUGUACAGCGUCGAUACAGAUGGAGACUUACAAAGUCUCACGAUCCGCCCGAGGAACCUCACCCAGCGUCAUCAGUCGCCGUACCCAAAUAUCUGAAGACGUAAUCGAGAUUCCUGGACUGGUGCCGCGGCAACGGGAAAUGCGCGAAAACAGUGACUUCAUACGAAUGGCCGUCAUGGAAAUGGCCAUGCGACGCAAGGGAAAACUCGACGACCAAAAACCCGGCAGAGCCAAAUGGGCCCUCCCACCAAAGAAAGAAUCCACCAAAAAAUAUCAGGUUGGGAAAGAUGGCGUCCCGUUGAGGUGGAUUGCCCAGUUUCAAUGA